AUGGGGGAAAAUGAGAAGCCGUUUAACAAGAUUGUGGAGUGGCUGAAUGAAGCCACCUCUUCUACGGACCCUAAAUUAAAGACUGAAAACAUUCAUAAAAUUCAAGAAAUCAUUCUCAAUCAGAACCCACAUCUUUUGGAUUCAUUCCUUGACGAUGUCAUUGCUUUUCAAUCAGAUCGCACCAUGGAAGUACGACGUGCAGUUGUGGGGUUUAUUGAAGAGUCAUGCAAGAAGGAUCCAGCUAUUUUGCCAAGGGUUAUGGAUAGUCUUGAUCUCUUACUCCGAGACUCAGCACCCCAGGUACAGAAGCGAGUUGUUCAAGCUGCAUCUCAAGUUUACCGGGGUGCGCUUAUGUACAUAGCUCGUACUCAACCAGUGCCUUCACAAAUGGAAAAGGCAUGGAGCUCCUUGUGCACCUUGAAAUCAGAGAUUGUCAAAUUAAUUGACAAUGAUAAUGAUGGCAUCCGAACUCAGUCUGUUAAGUUCUUGGAGGGAGUUGUACUGCUCCAAACAUAUCCUGAAGCAGAUAGUAUGGUAAGAGAAAAUGAUUUUAACCUUGAAGACAUUCCACUAACUUUGAAGAUAGUGCGGAGACGCAGAUUAGAAGAAGAAGCCAGCAUGAUAUUUAAUCUCCUGGUGAAGUUUCAUGGGGAAGCUCAUGUUAGCAGUGUCAACCUAAUGACUUGCAUGGGAUCACUUACUCUGAUAGCUCGAAUGAGACCUCAAUUUAUGGGAAAAGUAAUCACCUGCCUAGAAAACUUAAACAAAAACUUACCACCUACUCUCUCCAAGUCACAAGUAAAUUCUGUAAGAAAACACUUGAAACUGCAGCUAACAAAUAUGCUGAAACAACCAUGUGCUCUGGAAUAUCAUGCAGAAAUUUUGAAACUCUUAACAGAUCUUGGUUGUACUCCUCAAGAGAUAUCUAAAAUAAUGCCAAAAAUGGAUGAUAAGACACGGCGUAGUCACAAACGUGCUGUUGUCGAAAGUGCCCCUAGUGUACACAAGAGACCAAGAUUAGAGGCUCUUUACCGCCCAGAAAAUGUGAUUGAACAGCCAAAAAGAGCUCAUGUCACUAAACCACCUGCUGAGCCAUCAAGUGAUGUUACUGAGAAAUUUGUCUUGGAGCGGCUCUCACCUGAGGUUGCAGCACAGCUUGUCCUGGCAUUCAUACCUCAAAUUCCAGAUUCCAUGCCAUCGCACUUCUCAUCUAAUUUUGCCCCAGUUGUUGGCGCAGGAUCUCAAGCCCAAAUCCAACAUAUCGCCAAAAUGCUACUUUCUCAAUCCUCUGGAUCAGGAAGGCAAAUGCCACGCAAAUCGGGCAGGGUGUUAACAGAGUUAGAGGAGGAUGAUACCGAGGACGCUAACCCGCCUCCUCCACCCACAGCCAUUGCUCCUGUGGCUGCUCCAGCAGUCGUAUCAGAGCCGGUAAUGCCUCCCCCUCCACCACCUGUGGAGGAACUCAUGGACCAUGAUGGGGAUGAUUUAGAAGGACCCAUUCUUCACCAGCGGGAAUCAUCUGAGCAGCUUCUAGCUCAACGAGAAAAGCUGAAGGAACUUACACCAAUGACACCCCUGACAAGACCAUUGAAACAGAAGGCUCGAGCUUUAAAACUUGCAGAAAUAACGAGACCCCUUAGUCCAGAAAUGAAAACCAAGAUGUGCCUUUCUGCUGUUAAACGUAUAUUGAAUGCUGAAAAAAUAGCCAUGUUUGGUGGUGUCAACUCCAUACGCAACAAAAUAAUUGUCACGCUAGCCUCUACUUACAAUGCAGAUGUUAGGAGAGAUAUACUUAAAUUUGUGUUGGAGGAUUUACAAAACCGAUUGGAUUUGGAGUUAGCUAUAUCAUGGCUUUAUGAGGAAUACAGUAUGAUGCAGAGUUUCACUAAAAAACCAGUGUUUACUACUGAUGAGGACUCUGCCUCAAAAAGAUAUGUUAAACUCUUCUGUGCGCUUGCUGAGCAUUUGGCGGAGAAACCCGAGAGAGAACCCCUCCUCAAACGGUUAUAUUUGGAGGCACCCUGUAUUACUGAUGAUGCUACUGACAUUUUGAAGGCACUAAGUUGUGAUGAAACAAGAUGUUCUAUUGGACUGCAACUUUUGCAAAGCCUUGUUAUAAGGCGUCCUCCAAAACAACUCACUUAUCUGAAUGCUUUACUGGAACACACUGCCCAUGACAGUGUAGAGGUUCGAUCCAAUGCCAUGAAGUGUGUCCUUUCACUUUAUGAUGAUCGGUCUGAUCUUCGAUCAAUUAUAGAAGAGUAUGCAAUCAUGUACCUGGGCUUUCUCCAACUACCAGCCCCUCCAGAUGUGUUGUUUGGUGCAGAGAGAGGACGCCCGGCCAGGGCAGACAGCUGGGCUGAAGGGCCAACUAAAGCCUGUUUGUUUUUAUACCUUGAGCUUUUGCCUCACGAGCACCGAUUAAUUCAUGAGUUGACUCGGGUAUAUGUUCAGACUGUAGCAGAUGUAAAACGCAUUAUCUUACGGUUGCUGGACACUCCUGUUAGAGGCAUGGGCAUGGACUCCCCAGACUUGCUGAAACUAGUGGAAGAUUGUCCUAAAGGGGCUGAGACCUUAGUCACGAGAGUCAUUCAAAUCCUAACAGAUAAGACCCCUCCUAGUGCUGAACUUGUCAAGAGAGUCAGGGAACUGUAUCAGUCAAGGGUAUCAGAUGUUCGGUUCUUGAUUCCUGUGUUGAAUGGUUUGACUAAAAGGGAAGUUAUUGACUCCCUCCCUAGACUUAUCAAACUGAAUCCUAUUGUUGUCAAAGAAGUCUUCAACAGGUUGCUAGGAACACAUUCAGAUUCCCUAAGUCAUAAUUCACCAUUAACACCAGCAGAGCUACUUGUAGCUUUGCAUGUUAUUGACCCCAAAAAGUGUGAACUAAAGACUGUUAUUAAGGCCACUACUUUGUGCUUCUCUGAAAGGCAGGCUUAUACUCAAGAAGUAUUGGCCAUAGUAAUGAAGCAAUUGAUGGAAAUGAAUCCCUUACCAACUCUCCUGAUGCGUACUGUUAUUCAGUCUCUGGCUGCAUAUCCCAAUCUCAGUGGAUUUGUCAUGAAUAUCCUUCAGAGGCUGAUUUUAAAGCAAGUUUGGACCCAGCGCAAGGUGUGGGAGGGUUUUAUUAAAUGCUGUCAACGUACAAAGCCUCAGAGCUUCCAAGUGCUUCUGCAAUUGCCUGCACCACAACUACAAGAAGUUUUAGAGGCUUGUCCAGAAAUGAGACAGCCACUCCUGCAACACGUUCAAUCCUUUACUGAGAAUCAGCGGUCUCAUGUCCCACAGUCAGUAAUGGACGUUCUGACUGGCACAAGACAUGUAGUUCAAGAGGAAUAUGAUGCACAAACAGUGGAGCCGAUGUCUCCUGAUGGACUCACAAUUGAUGUUCGAGAAGAUAAUAUUGCAGAGAAUGCAGUAGGAUCUGAACCACUUCCACCAGGAAUGGAUUGAAGAUCAUGGGACUUCCCUUUUUGAUUAAAAGGCUGUUAUCAGUAAAUGCAUCAAGAAUGUGUAUAUUUUUCUGUAUUAUAUUGACGUGUGUACAUAAGAGAGCAAUGAACUUUGUUUAGCUGCUAGUUCUGUAGUUAUUAUUAUGGUGUCUUUUGGUGAGGUUGGAUUAUGAUUUUUUUUUUACCUGCAAUGUUUAUUUUAGCUGUACUAAGAUUUUCACUUUUUGAGUGUGUUUGUGUGUAUUGGCAUGUCUUAUUGUGUGAAUACUCUUGGGCGGGUUAAAAAAAGAAUCAUUGUUAUUAGAAUGUUUUUUUUUGUCCAUCAAAAUAUUGUUAUUGAAUUAAAAUUGAAAAUCCAGAA